ACCUAUUAAAUCUAUUCUAAAGAUAUAGACCUACUACUCUACUGGACUAGACGUCAUUAGAUCUUGAGAAAUAUCUCUAGAUUAAAUUAUUCUAAAGACUCCAGUAGACCAGUUUUAAUUAUAGUUUAGCCCCUGGUAUUUCUUUUUUCAACUAGACUAGAUCUAUCAAAUUUCUUUGUGGAAUUAUUAAGAUGGGGAAAAUAAAAGGUGGUGCAGUUGUUGAAAUGCAAGGAGAUGAAAUGACACGAAUUAUAUGGGACGAUAUCAAGAACAAACUUAUUCUACCUUUUGUUGACCUGGAGAUUCACUUUUUUGAUCUCAGUGUUGAAAAUCGUGAUGCUACUGAGGACCAAGUGACUGUUGAUGCAGCCAAAGCAAUACAAAAAUAUAAUGUUGGAAUCAAAUGUGCUACUAUUACCCCUGAUGAAAAAAGAGUUGAAGAGUUCAAUUUAAAGAAAAUGUGGAAAUCCCCUAAUGGAACCAUCCGAAAUAUUCUUGGUGGCACAGUGUUUCGAGAAGCCAUCAUUUGUAACAACAUUCCACGACUGGUGCCAGGCUGGACAAAAAGUAUUGUCAUUGGUCGUCAUGCAUUUGGUGAUCAGUACAGAGCUACUGACUUUGUUGUGCCUGGACCAGGUAGGGUCACCAUAACGUACACACCGACCAAUGGUGAAUCCCCUACUGAGUACACAGUGUUUGAUUUUGAGAAGUCUGGAGGUGUUGCCAUGGGAAUGUACAACACAGAUGAGAGUAUAACAGAUUUUGCUCACAGUUCAUUCCAGUUUGCUCUACAAAAAGAAUGGCCACUAUACUUAAGUACAAAAAAUACAAUCCUCAAAAAAUAUGAUGGAAGAUUUAAGGACAUAUUUCAAGACAUUUAUGAAAAGAAUUAUAAGGAACUAUUUGAAGCCAAGAAAAUUUGGUAUGAACAUCGACUAAUAGAUGAUAUGGUGGCCUAUUGCAUGAAAUCUGAAGGCGGAUUUGUCUGGGCUUGUAAGAAUUAUGACGGUGAUGUUCAGUCUGAUUCUGUAGCUCAAGGAUUUGGGUCAUUAGGCAUGAUGACUAGUGUCCUAGUUUGUCCUGAUGGUAAAACUGUAGAGGCUGAAGCUGCUCAUGGCACAGUCACUCGACAUUAUAGAAUGUACCAACAAGGCAAAGAGACUUCCACUAAUCCUAUUGCUUCUAUAUUUGCCUGGACCCGUGGGCUAGCUCAUAGAGCCAAGUUGGACAAUAAUGCUGAGUUGCAAAAAUUUGCAGAAAAUCUAGAAAGUGUGUGUGUAGAGACCAUUGAGUCAGGGAUUAUGACUAAGGACCUUGCUAUUUGUAUUAAGGGCAUGAACAGUGUGACUGCCUCUGACUAUCAAGAAACUUUUCAAUUUAUGGAUACACUGGCUGAAAAUCUCAAGAGAAAAAGGGAGUCAGCUUGACUAAACAACUCCAACAUAUCUGACUUGUGUAAACCAAAAUUAUAAAUUGUUUAUGUACAAACUUUUCUACUAUUUCCCCUAGCUAUCCUGAUCUAUUUUAUAUCUUACUUUGAUGUAAUUUUUUUUUUUUUUAACAUUUUAUGUUCAUUUUAUUUACUACAAAUUUUAAAUAUUUUUAACUGAUUUUAAAACUAGUCAAAAGGUGAAGCAACUAACAAAAUAUUUACUUCUAAAUAUUUCUUUCCUCUUGUCAACAAUUCACUUCUGUGCCUUACAAGUUAAUCCCCUGUAUUGAUUUGUCCACUCUGUCACAGAGAGCUUACUUGUUGAAAAUAUAAGCAAAUAUUCUUUUCUGUCAGUCAUUCAUUUUCUAGAAAGCUGAGCAGCUUAUCUUGAUUAAAAAUAGUUGUCAGACAUUGAAUACUUUUGGCUGAAUACAACCACUAGCCUAGUCUUUUAGACAUUGGAAGUAUUGCUAGUUUAAUAUGAUGAUAAGAGAUGAAUGCUGGUCAUAGAAAUGCUUUGAAACUCUGUUCACUAUUGUCUUUAAUAAAAUCCUAGUUUUUAAUUUAUGAAUUUUUCAUGAUCCCAGUGCAUAGUUUCUGGUAUUUGUUGGAGGACUUAUGUUCAUCUUUUAUAGAAAAGCUUUACAUUGACCUUUUUCAAACAACAGCAACUAACGAUCAGUGCUUUCAGCAUGCCCACUUUAGUUGAUACAAACUAUAUCUAUGUAUACUUUUUUAAACAAACAAAAUGCUAAAUAGCAAUGUUUAACUUUGUGAUGGACUUUGGAUGCAUUUUGAGUAGAAUUUUUAAAAUAUGUUUGUUACCUUUAAAAGUAUCAGGCCUUAGUAUUAUUUUAUAAUGUAGCAUUGUCAAGUGAUUGUGUAUCCCAUUUACAGGGUCCAUUUAUCACUAGUGUUUGUUUAUAUUAAACAGACAUCUAAUAGAUUAUACAUUUGAUUCAACUUUAUUAACACAAUUAAUGUUUAAAUACAAUUUUGUAACUUUUUAGUUGUUUUAAAAGGGGAAAUGCUUAGUAUAUAAAUGUAUUAAAUGAUUAUAUUUAUAAAGCAUUUAUGUCUUACAAUAAAGACAAUGUGUAAAUCAUGAACAA